GUUCACUUUCAUUCACUCUGUACUUAGCCUGACAAAGGUCUCCGCCGCCGACGAUUGCGAUUCCCUUUUUUUCGCCGUUGUUGGAACCCGUAGAGGUGGAAUUUGUGUUUCCUUGAGUGUUUACUUGUUUGAUGAUGGAUACCACUGUAAAUGAGCUUCUUACAAGGAAAAAAGCUGUUCAGAGCCAUCAGAUUAGGAGUGGUUUGGUUGCAUCGGUACCUACGAAUCAGCAAGAAAAGGCUCAGGAUUUCUCUUCGCAGCAACAGCAACAUUUUCCAAGUAAGAAUCUUGAAUCUGGUUUGAGCUUUGCUGACAAAGUUGGUGAGAAGAGAAAGAGGAAUGAUGAGUCUGGUGUAAUGGUUAACACUGAGACUGGAAGUAAGUCUGAAGAUAUUAUUGUGAAUCUUAGUAAAAUUGGCAAUAGAAUUGUGGCGGAGAAUUUUGGAGGUGCAAGAGAAGAGUCUGGAAGCGGAAAGCAACUCCUUGAGGUAGAAACAUUGCCAAAUGCCAUGAAAAAGAAUGGUCAAGUGAGAGCUGCAUUGGGGAACUCUCAGAAUCUUGAGGCAGAUAACAAGUCUGGUUUAUGUCAUACAAGUUCAACAGUUGCAGUACAACCAAAGACUUCUGGUCCAAAGUUUAACGACUUUGAAAAGCUCCGGGAACAAGUUAACUUUGCUGUUGGUCAGACCUGGGCUCUUUAUGACACAGCGGAUGGACUGCCUAGAUUGUAUGCUCAGAUCAAGAAAGUUUCAGCUCCUUCCUUUGGGCUUCGGAUCACAUAUCUAGAGCCAGAUCCAGAUGAUGAGAAAGAGAUCCAAUGGUUUGAAGAAGACUUGCCUGUUUCUGUUGGUAAGUUCAGGCUUGGGGAAAAUCAGAACACCAAAGAUCGUUCCAUAUUUUCACAUGUUAUUCAUUGCAAUGAACUAAGCAACAUUCGUUGUUUCAGCAGAAGUUGUUAUUCCUUCAACAAUCGUCAUUUUAGUGUAUCCCCUAGAAAAGGCGAGACUUGGGCACUAUUCAAGAACUGGGAUAUUAAGUGGUGUUCAGAGCCAGAUUUUCACCGCAAAAAUGAGUAUGAGUUUGUCCAGAUUCUGUCAGAUUACGCUGAUGAAGUUGGUGUAUAUGUUGCAUACUUGCAUAAAGCCAAAGGGUUUGCUAGUGUGUUUUUCCGAAUGGGAACUGGUUAUGAAGGCAUAUUUCGUAUAUUACCUCGCAGCUUGUAUCGGUUCUCCCACAGAGUUCCUUCCUUCAAACUGACUGGAGUUGAAGGAAAUGGUGUGCCAAAAGAUGCUUACGAGCUGGACCAAGCUGCGUUACCAGAAGAAGCAAUCGAGGAGAUUAUCGUGCCUUCAAACUCUGAGAGUGAUAUAAAGUCUAAACGUCAAGCCAUCUACUUUGCUAGCAAGGGGAAGGUUUUUCAGACUGGCCAGAUUUGGUCAUUUUACAGUGGUUAUGAUGAUUUGCCUCUGUACUAUGGUAGGAUUCAGAAGAUCACUUUUACUCAGGCAUUUAAGCAGGAUCCACAAAUCAAACUACACAUAGGUCGGCUAAAGAGUACAAGGUUUCCUAAGGAUGUUAUCGCCUGGGAAGAUGGGCAAAUGCCUGUUGGUUGUGGAACAUUCUACGCAAGAAAAGUUCUAGAAAUAAUCACCCCAAAAGAGGUUUCACAUCAGAUGAUUCCUUCAACCUCCAUGGAUGGCACUGAGUAUACCAUUCUCCCCAAGAUUGGUGAAGUUUGGGUGAUAUACAGAUACUGGAGUUGUCACAUUGAUGUUGAAGACUUGGAAUUUGGUCUUUAUGACAUGGUUGAAAUUCUUGAUGACAGUUUGGACUAUAAGGUCCAACUGCUGGAGUACGAAUCCUUUUUUGAUGAUGAUGAAAAUGGGAAUAGGAUGUUUAAGGCAUGUACGGAGUAUACUGAUAACGAGGAUGAAGGGUCGGAGCCAAUAUUUACGAUCCCAAAGUCGGAAAGGAUCAGAUUCUCGAAUCAGGUUCCUGCUUCGCGUGUAAGGAGAGAGAUGGACGGAGAGUUAAAAGAGUUUUUAAGUGUUGAUUAUAGGGCAACACCUGUUAACGUUAUACACUGUCGAAGUUGAACAGAGGACUUGAGAAAAGAAAAGGGACGGAAAGCGCCAAGGAUUACCUUUUUGCUAGCUUAGCUUUUGGUGCAUUUUUUGGGGAAAAAGGCUUAUGUAUAAGAAUCUUAAGACUUCCCUCUCAUGAUGUUUUAGUAUGAUGUUAUGUGAUGUGAUGAGACACAGCAAGUAUUUGCAGCUUGGUAUGUAGUAAUCUAUCUCGGUUAUUGUGUAGUUUGAUAAAACGGAGAGGUGAAAAAGCUUUUUGAAGUU